AUGGCAGCACCAGCUCAGUUUACAGAGUAUAUCGACAAGAAUGCAGAUAAGUUCAUCGACAGACUCGCGAAAGCAGUCGCUAUUCCAAGCGUAUCUGGUGAUGCUUCCUACCGCAAACACGUCUUUGAGAUGGCCGAUUUCCUCAAAUCAGAGCUCGAGGCUCUCGGCGUCAAAGUUAAACUCGUCCCCCUUGGGAAGCAAGUGCUAGAUGGUCAGGAGAUUGACCUCCCACCUGCCAUUCUGGGCGAAAUCGGAAACGAUAAGAGCAAGAAGACGGUUGGGCUAUAUGCUCACUACGAUGUUCAACCCCCGAGCUCACAUUCCAAACUGAUCGACAAACCACAGGCACUCCUCUCAGAUGGAUGGGACACCGACCCUUUUGUCUUGAAGGUCGACGAGAAAACAGGAAGACUGAUUGGACGCGGAUCUAGCGACGACAAAGGCCCACUUUUGGGAUGGAUUAAUGUUCUCGAAGCACAUGUCAAACAAGGAAUAGAGCUUCCGGUCAAUCUCAAGUUCUGUCUCGAAGGCAAGUUUCACAGGAUGGAGGAGAGUGGCUCAGAAGGUCUCGACGACUUGAUCAACUCGGAAGUUGGGCCCGGAAAAUUCUUUGACGGCGUCGACUGCGUGUGCAUCUCCGAUAAUUACUGGCUCAAUACGAGAACCCCAUGCCUGACCUACGGUUUGCGUGGCAUAUGCUACUACAAAAUCAAUGUCUCUGGUCCAGCCAAGGAUCUUCAUUCUGGUGUGUUCGGCAGAAUGGUGCACGAGCCCAUGACGGAUCUCAUACACAUUAUGAGCAAACUUGUUACUCCGCAAGGCGACAUUCUCGUCCCCGGAAUCAACGAGCUGGUCGCCCCCUUGACUGAGGAGGAGAGAAAGCGCUACGAGUCUCUCGACUACUCGAUCGACGACGUGCACUCCUCUGCCGGUGCUGAAAUCGCAGUGUCAAGCUCCAUCUCCGAAGUCUUGAUGAACCGCAUGCGCUACCCCUCCCUCUCGCUGCACGGAAUCGAGGGUGCAUUUUACGCGGCGGGUGCCAAGACGGUUAUCCCAGCUCGAGUAGCGGGCAAAUUCAGUAUCCGUCUCGUGCCAGACAUGUUGCCCGUAGAUGUCGACAGGCUCGUCACAGAGUAUAUCAAGAGCAUCUUCAACCAGCUCAAUAGCAAGAACAAACUCGAAGUCGAGUCGCUACAUGGUGGCAAGCCGUGGGUUGCCGACCCUAAUCAUUGGAAUUAUGUCGCGGCCGCAAAAGCGACCGAGACGGUUUAUGGUCGUAAACCAGAUUUGACGAGAGAGGGCGGCAGCAUCCCUGUCACGUUGACGUUUGCAGAAGCCUUGGGGGUCAAUGUGCUCCUCUUGCCGAUGGGUAGAGGAGACGAUGGUGCGCACUCGACUAAUGAAAAAUUGGACAGGAGCAACUAUAUCAAGGGUACAAAGCUUCUUGGGACUUACCUUUGGGAGGUCUCAAAGGUCACGGAGAAGUAA